AUGACAGAACCCAAAGACGCGGCCUUCGAAUCCGAACUCCACAUCUGCUCGCUCAUGAUCGAGCAAAUAAAAGCAAACGCGCGCGUCCUGUUCGGCUGCCGCCUCAGCUACGACGUCGUCAUCGGCCACGGCGACGACGGCGGCUACCGCGCGAUGCUUUUCCGGCACAACCACAACGUCAACACUGACGACGGCGACGACGACAAGAACAACAACAACAAGACCUGCGCGGCGGACGGCCCCAAGGGAACCAAGUUCUCGGAACUGCGGCAGGCGCACGCGCUGUUGCGGAUGGGGUUCGCGCCGACGCGGAGGGCGGCGGUGAGGAGCGUGUUGGAUUGGACCGAGGGGCUGGUCAGCGGUACUGGUGUCUAG